UGGGUCUGCGAUUCUAAUGUGGCCUCUUAGGCUCUGGCACACACAGGAUGUCCCUCUGCUUCUCAGCAUCACAUUGUAUAUGUGUCACCUAGCUGGAGCCAUCUCCAUCCAGUCUCCCCAGAGGAGCCUCACCCGCUCAGUGCAGGAUGAUGUGGUUUUCUCGGUGGAUGUCAGUUGCCGUGGGAUCCCCACCAUACACUGGACCUUUAUGUCGGCGGCAGUGAGCCGCAGCAUCGGGACGUGGCAGCCGGGAGUGUACACCAACAUAACUGUGGAUUACAGGGACAGAGUAAAGCCUUACAACAAUGGCUCCAUGGGCCUGUCCGACCUGCGGCUGCAGGACGCUGGCUACUACGUGGUGACUGUCACAGAGACCGAGGGCAGCAGCAAGGACGCCGGCUUCGUCCUGAAAGUGAAUGAGGUGCUGUAUGAGGACCUGCAGUACCUGUCGGUGUCGGCCCUGGUGCUGGCCUGCCUGGCCGGCCUCCUCAUGCUGGCCAUGUGGCUCCUGGAUAAAGCCUACAGGAGGAUCGUGGCAUGGAGGCGCAGGAAACAGAUGCCAGAAAAUGAUGAAACAGAGCUGCAGCCUCUGUGAUGAACACCGAGUGUUGCUCCAAAACUGGCGUGGAAAACACAAAAGACUGUUAAACAGGCAUGUCAGCUCUGCAGCAAG